GCUUCCUGUCUUGCUCACCUCAUGUUGGGUGGUAUUUGGGGGUUGUUCACCAGGUCUGCUAUUUCAUGUCGGAUUUUCGUAUUCUAGAAUACUUCUCACGAUGGGGAUCCUCCAUGUCUAAUGCUUAUCUUUACAUGUCAGCAUCUGCAGGAACAUGCGACGCUCCGUUGUAAAGAACAAUUGGCGAGUGGCAGACGAUCCCCAAGGAAUGCUAGACUGUUCGCGGCAAGAAGGGGAUGGAUUGGUGGUCGAUGAAUACGAGGCCCAUUCAACAAAGUCCUUUCAUACCUUUCAUACGGGUACCAUUCUUCAGAUUAUGCAGGUCAGGAUAUCACGUAUCCGGCCGAUUGAUUCUUCUACUUCCCAUCGGCGUCCUUUACACGGCCGAAAUGCUCAGACAGUACUGGCAGAUCUGCACCUGGAAGAGUCCAAGUACACAUCGAGACAAAGGGUCUUUGCUCGCGUGUUGCGUCCAAGUAUGCAUCAAGCGGCAAGCCUCCUCUGGUCUCGCGCUAGAGGCGAAAAAUGCCAUCAUUCCAUAUGGAAGAAAUUUGAUGCCACGUUUACUGCACUGCACCAAAUUCGUUCCGUUUCGUCCUCCGUUUCCAGCAUGAUGAUUCCUCUCGUUGAAAUUUGUUCUUGUACUGAAGAUACAUAUCCCAUGCUCAAGCGUACACCUUGCGCCCCCGUGUCAGGUUAAGUGAAAAGGGGGAACAAAGUGUCCCCGCAGGACCCAAUGCCGAAAGGGAAGUCGUUUCCAACCUUUUCCUGCGUACAAGUUUAUAGUGGUCCUUACGGAGUACACUACGCAGUAAGGAGGGUUCACAUGACAGGCAAGACCCCGGCAGCGACUCGUCGACAGGGCUGUGCAUUGAGGGGAGGUCCUUUUGGGGGGUUCUGGGAAGUUGGGGAGGUUUGGUCAGUUGUGGAGAGACGGGACAGAAGAUGGGGGUUCUGAUAAAGAAGAUGAUGGAUUUUCUCUCAUAAUGCAACUUCAACGCGGUCACUUACUCCAGUUCAGUCACUAAGCUGGUGAGCAAGCGAUGAGAGCAAACUCAAUGCCAGAGUGUGAGCUUCUCACGAGAGAUUGCUGGUCGCUGUCAAAGACGAGCAUUGUAACAUAGUACGGAUAAAUGGACUCUGAAUAGCGAUGAACUCCCUCCCUCCAUCGGA